AUUGCCCCCUAUGGCAGGUUCGUUGGGGGGGGCGGUGAGAGCUGCAGCCUGAUCGCCGAGGGCCUGAGCACAGCCCUGCAGCUCUUCGAUGACUUCAAGCGGAUGCGCGAGCAGAUAGGUCAGACCCACAAGGUGUGCGUGCUCAUCUGUAACUCUGCCCCAUAUCUGCUGCCUGCUGUGGAGAGCACAGCGUAUUCGGGGUACAGCACCGAGAGCCUGGCGCAGUGCAUCGGAGAGCGCGGCAUCCACUUCUCGGUGGUCUCCCCCCGCAAGCUGCCUGCCCUCCGCUCGCUGUUCGACAAAGCUGCCCCUCCCCCCUCCGCUCUCGAGCCCCCCCCCAAGGAGUGCGGCCAGGACCCCAGGCACAUGGUGCUGGUGCGGGGGGUGGUGCUGCCAGGCACCUCCCCAGGCUCCAGCUCCCUCCAACCCAAGCCCAGUGCUGCUGCCCCCCCCCUGCCCCCCCCAGCCCCACAACUGCCCCCGGCCCCACAAGCAGCUGCCCCCAGUGGGGCCCAAGCCUACCAGGUGCCCCCCCCCAGCUCCCUCAAUGCAGCUCAAGCUGCUGCCCAAUCAGCUGUGGAGGCAGCAAAGAACCAGAAGAGCUUGGCCAAUAGAUUCCCCUCUCUGCCCCCCCCCCCUCCAGGCUCCAUUCCCACAGGCUCAGGCCCCUCCCCUCGGCCCCCCCAAACUCCCCCCCCCCCCCGGCCAGGGGGGUCGGAGCUGCCCCCCCCCCUCCCGGGCCCCCCCCAACCUGUGGGGAACAAGGUCCUGGCCUGGAGUGGGGUCCUGGAGUGGCAGGAGAAACCCAAACCAGCCUCCAUUGACUCCAGCACUAAACUGACCAGGUCACUGCCCUGCCAGGUCUAUGUCAAUGCAGGAGAGAACCUGAAGACGGAUCAAUGGCCACAGAAGCUGAUCAUGCAGCUGAUCCCACAGCAGCUACUGACCACUUUGGGGCCUCUGUUCCGGAAUUCCCGCAUGGUUCAGUUCCACUUCACCAACAAGGACCUGGAAUCCCUCAAAGGCCUUUAUAGGAUCAUGGGCAAUGGAUUCGCCGGCUGCGUGCACUUCCCCCACACGGCCCCAUGUGACGUGCGGGUCCUGAUGCUCCUUUACUCCUCCAAGAAGAAAAUCUUUAUGGGGCUGAUCCCAUAUGACCAAAGUGGCUUCGUCAAUGGGAUCAGACAGGUCAUCACCAACCACAAGCAGGUGCAGCAGCACAAGCUGGACCAGCAGCGAGCGAUGGGGGGCUCAGCCCCAGUCCCUGCAGCUGCCUCCUUCCUGCCCAAGCAGCCUGGGGCCCUCCCCGUGGCCUCGGGGGUGCAACCACAGCUCAGCCCCAGUUUGGCCUCGGUUGGCAUCAUGGAGGAGCAGCAGCGACAGCAGAGCCUGGUCUGGGGGGGCUAUGGG